GUAGCACGAGUCGCACACAGCCUGCGCCUGCACGCCUGUCUACCGUCUCGACGCGAUUGUGAAUCGAAAAACAGCGUAUAUAAUAAGCACAGUGAAUUCCAGUGCGGCGGCGAUCCUCUCUGACUGACUUAUACUAUACCUACUAUAUACUAUAUAACGUACUAUCGAGAGAGCCCCGAGCGAGCAGCAACCAUGCGCGCAGUGACGUACGUAGUGACAAUCAGCGACGGCGGCGACUAAGCUGCUCCUUAUUGCGGGCUGACGUACUGUACUGCAGCGGGCUGCUACGACGACGAAGCCGUCGUCGCGAGAGGCAUGAAAGACGAAAGACGACGACGAGUAUAACGUCGCGACGGCUAGUCUAAUAUAAAAUACGACGAUCCUCCGGCCUCCGUUGCGACGUCCUUCGCGUAUGUGUGUGCGUGUGUAAUACGUUGACGAUUGACCAAACAACAAAGAUAGAGAGAGAGAGAGGCCCUCGUUCGGCCUCGACGAGUACAUAUAGUGUCUCCUUCGAUGCCCCCGCGUGUGUGUGUGUCGUUUAGCCAUGCGCCAAUUGCCCAAUUAAUUAACAUACAUAUUAUUAUUGCAACGCAACGUCGCGCAUAAACGAGCCGCCUACACAGUUUUGCGGGAGUAUAAGUCAUAACAACAACAACAACUGCUGCUGCUGCUGCUGAGCUCAUCGCGCGCGCGAGUGCCAAAAAUUAGAGUCGGCAGCGGCAUCCUACAAGUCGCUCUCUCUCUCUCUCUCUCUCGCGCAGUCACGUACACUUACCAUCCUAUAUGAUGUAUCGCGGCCAGCAGCAGUUCACGGAGUCGGUUGCAGUUGGUUUUUUUUUUUGCCAGCGUUGGCAAUAAUCGUAUAGGCGCGCGUGCGGAUAUAUCGUAACGCAGCCAGCACACGCUGCUGCUGCUGCUGCUGUGCUGCGCGCUCGUCGAGUGACACUUCUCUUGCGCGAGCUGCUGCUACCUUGACUCGCCCGCGAGUCUUUUUUUGGAGAUUUUUAUUUCUGGCCAUUAUUCAGACCCAGAGAGAGAGAGGAAGAGGCUCUCUCUUUUUUCUGAAUCACGCUCGUCGGCGCAGUUUGCGCGUUGCGUGUUUAUAGAGGAAGAGCCAACGACUUGUAUCUAUACACGGGGUCGCAUUCUAGUCUAGUCGCACCAUGCAAAGUCCUAGCAGACGCGAACUGACUCCGAUCGACCACGACUUGACGACACUUUUCUACAACAACAACAACAACAACAACAACAACAACAACAACAAACAACAAUCGACUGGGAUCACUGCUGCUGCUGCUGCUGAUGAUGAAAUCACUUGGACUUUAUAGCUCAGAUAAUAAUGUGGUUUUCAACGAGUGCAAAUCCCAGUUGAAUUGAUUGACUAUAGUAAAACUUUAUGAGUACGUUAUCGACCUAAAUAAUGGCUGCUGCUUUACUCUUGUAACAAGUUCAGUUCCUCAGUCAAAAUCAUGGCAGAAACGGAACAGUAUCCCCUGCACAAGUGUGUUUUUGAGGGUGAUUGCAAAACUCUUCAAAACAUGAUGCACGCUUAUGACAUUGCGGCCAAGGAUGUACAUGGCAAUACCCCUCUUCAUCUGGCUGUAAUGUUAGGUAGAAAAGAUUGUAUACAACUGCUAGUGAACCAUAAAGCCCCAAUUAAAGUAAAGAACUUGGCUGGAUGGAGUCCAUUGGCUGAAGCUAUAAGUUAUGGAGAUCGUCAAACCAUAUCAUUUUUGGUAAGAAAGAUGAAAAAACAUGCGAGAGAACAGAUGGAAGAAAGAAGACCAAAUGUAGUAUCAGCGUUACGUGAAAUAGGUGAUUUUUAUAUGGAAUUAAAAUGGGAUUUUCAAAGCUGGGUGCCAUUAGUUUCAAGAAUACUCCCAUCAGACAUCUGUAAAAUUCAUAAAAAAGGUGCUUCUAUUAGAAUGGACACAACACUAGUAGAUUUUAAUGAUAUGCGGUGGGAGCGAGGUGACAUAUCUUUUAUUUUUAAUGGUGAUAAGAAACCAGGAAAGUCUCUAACCGUCCUUGACAAUAAAGCAAAACUUUAUCAGAGAGUUAGAUACGAGGAGACUGAAUUAGAAAUUGAGGAUGAGGUGGAUAUUUUAAUGUCAAGUGACAUCGUUGCUGCACAAAUGUCAACAAAAGGUAUAACAUUUUCUCGAUCUCAAACUGGUUGGAUAUUUAGAGAAGAUAAAAAGGAAAUGGUUGGUCCAUUCAAAGCAGAUUUUUACCAAAUUAAUGGUAUGGUGCUCGAAAGUAAAAAGAGAAGAGAACAUUUAAGUGAAGAUGAUCUUCAAAAAAAUAAAGCAGUUAUGGAAUCCUUGACUAAAGGUUCAUCCCAAAGUUUUCAAAAUGGGGAGUAUACUAUGAGGAGAACGUCAUUAAGUCCUCCUCCACAAACUAAUCUUUCAUGGCAAGAAUAUAUAACAGCACCACCUGGUGAAUUUCCGAUACUUGGAAGAAGUUCAGUAUUCAAAGAAAGUAGUAAAUCUUUUAAAGCAACUGUAGCCAUGAGUCAAGAUUUCCCCUUGACAGUAGAUAUGCUACUCAGUGUACUUGAAGUUAUUACUCCUUUUAAGCAUUUUAAAAAAUUGAGAGAAUUUGUAUUAAUGAAAUUACCUCCAGGAUUUCCUGUUAAAAUUGAUAUUCCCAUUCUCCCAACAGUAUCAGCAAAAAUCACUUUUCAAGAAUUUAUUUUUAAAAAUGAUAUUUGCCCAGAUUUAUUUCAAGUACCAACGGACUAUUUCGAAGAUCCUAUGAGUGAAUAUGGAGCAUAUUUGGAUAUGUUUUCGGUCCUACAAACAAUGGCAUCGGUUCAAAGAUAAGAAAAUAUUUCCAGACUUAUGACGCUCUGAUUCAUGGACAUAUCAAAUUUCGGACGAAUUCGAGACUCAUUCCUCUUUCCACAAGGAGCUCCCGGUUCAGCAUUUUCAGUGUAUUCCUUCUCAAGACCAUUUAUUCAAAUCUGAGUAUUUCAUCGUUGAGUAAUGCAUUGUUCUUUUACUUACGUUGCUAUUAAACGCACUAUUUUCUGCAAUACUAAACAUAAAUGAAUUAUAAUGAAGUGCUAUCGAUAUGCUAUUAAUAGUAAGUAAAUGGAAUAUUUCACUUUUGUGAAAAAAAAAUUUACUAAGCUAAGCACGAAAGACUGCUAAGUUUUCUGCGCUCUUUGUCAAAAAUAACAUAGAGUUUAAUGAAAACAAUUUUUUUCGAGAUUAAAAAGUUAUUGUAAAUUGUUCAGCUCAUAAAUAUUAUAAGUAU